AUGUCGAUUCCUCAAACUACCAAGCAGUGGACCGUGACCGGCACGAGUGGCUUCGAUGACUUGAAGUUCCACGAAGCGCCCAUCCCCGCGCUCGGUGACAGCCAGGUCCUCGUCAAGCUUCACGCCGCUUCUCUCAACUACCGUGAUCUCAUCAUCCCCCAGGGCAAGUAUCCCUUCCACACCAGGGAGAACGUCGUCCCCGGGUCCGAUGGCGCCGGCGAGGUCAUUGCCGUCGGCAAGCACGUGGACCGCUUCCAGGUCGGCGACAAGGUCGUCACCGUCUUCAGCCAGGGCCACAUUGGCGGCGAGCUGGACGCGCAGGGCGCCCGCACCGGUCUCGGCGGCGCCCUCGACGGCACCCUCCGCACCGUCGGCGCCUUUGAUCAGCAGGGCCUUGUCCACAUGCCCAAGGGCCUCACCUACCUCGAGGCCGCCUCGCUCCCCUGCGCCGCCGUCACCGCGUGGAACGCCCUCUACGGCCUCCAAGGCCGCGCCCUCAAGCCCGGCCAGUGGGUCCUCACUCAGGGCACGGGCGGCGUGAGCAUCUUUGCCCUGCAGUUUGCAAAGGCCGCUGGCGCGCGCGUCGUCGCCACCACCAGCUCGUCCGAAAAGGCCAAGCUGCUCGAGAAGCUCGGCGCCGACCACAUUAUCAACUACAAGGAGACCCCCGAAUGGGGCGCCGAGGCCCGCAAGCUCACCGGCGGCGCGGGCGUCGACCACGUCAUCGAGGUGGCCGGUCCCACAUCGAUGAAGCAGAGCCUGAACAGCGUCAAGAUUGAGGGCGUCAUCACCAUCAUCGGCUUCGUCGGCGGCGUCAAGGGCGAGAAGGAGCCCGGCUUCCUCGACUGCCUGAACCACCUGUGCACCACCCGUGGUCUGCUCGUCGGCAGCCGGCUGCAGAUGGAGGACAUGAACAGGGCUAUUGAGGCCAACGUGGACAAGCUGCGGCCCGUUGUCGACGGCAAGGUCUUCAAGCUCGAACAGCUCAAGGAGGCGUACGAGUACCAGUGGGCCGGCAAGCAUCAGGGCAAGGUCUGCAUCCAGAUCUCGUAG